AUGCCGCGCGCAUUACCAUGGCUCAAGACUGGGUCUGCGAAUGCGGCGACUAACAAGGUCAAACCUGCCGCGCGCCACACAAGAGAUGCGGCGUCCGAGGAUGAUUUUGUCAAUUCCGAUCUGGAACCAGCCCACACUACGAAACCCGAGAAGAAGAAGCCUGAGAGGAAGCGAAUCCGUGCGUCAUCAUCAUCGCCGCCUCCACCAGGUCCGCCGCCUGUGGAAAGCAUCAAACCGGGCUUCGCUGCAGAUGACAUCUAUAUGAUGGUCGAGGACGAAUUCUACUCGACUGCUCAGCUAUAUACCAGCCAUAUCCACCAUGCAGAGUAUGUAAGGCUUAAAAAGCUGCACAAGUCUCGUGGACAGGAGCUUCUAGCCGGGUUAGGGCGAGGUACAGAUGGCAAGACGGAACAGAGCAAGGCACUGAGGACGAAGAUGGAGAGUCUAGAACUUGCCAAAAAGCAGAAGCAAGCAGUGCGUACGCUGAGAGCCGAGGCUGACAGCGGGAGUGAUGCCGAAGGAAGUGAGGCAGAGGAUGAGUACAUGCAARAUCCACAUCUCGCGGGCUUGAUGCGGGCUUCGCAAAUGGCGCAAGUGCAAGACUUGACGGGUCUUGCAAGUCCCAGGGCGAGCACCAGAGCGGCGGCCGGAUAUUCCCAGAGCCCUUUCAAGGCUGCUAGGACCAAGGAUGUAUUCGCCGAGGAGAAGCAACCGCAACGCAAAUCGAUGCCAAAAGUUGACAGGGAUGAUAGCACAUCCGACGACCGCGAUUCCUCUACAGAUUCACGGUUGCAACACAAGGCAAAUAUCGUGUUGGUAGCAGACGAAGAUAGCGAGACAGAUGAAGAUUUGGAUGCUGGGGUUCCGACCCACUCUGAAUGGGCGGCUGUCUCAGGGCCGACAGAAAAGGUUGUUGCCGAUGCUAGCAACUCCCGAGGCCCUGCAAAGGAAGAGAUCCGCAAGCUAUCCGAUGCUAGGCCACUCGCGAAAUUUUCUCGCCCGGCAGAAACAACAAAGUCCAUUGAUGUCAUAUCUAAGCCUUCUAGGCCGCAUACAUCUCAACCGGAUUCGCGAAAUGACGAAACCCCAAAGCUAUCUAGGCCAUCGGUGAAGCCUGAGCCAAAUUCAUCCCCUAGGGGCAUUCUUCCCGUCACUCUUCCCAUUCCUGCACGGGAGAAGGCAAUUUCCGGUAUUGUAGCACGCAAGAGGGCCGAACGUGCGGCAGCGGAAGCCAAACGCAUGACUAUCAAGAAAGAGGACAUGGAUGACAUACCGACAUUCUUGUUUUAA